AUGGACCCACCACAGAGGGCUAAAGGCCAAAAGGAUUCCGAUCCUCUCCAGCCCAUGGAGGGGAAACAAUUCCUCCCAGAGGCUGCUUCCCCGGAGGAAGGGGCUGAUUCCCCCGGAAGGAAGGCAGGUUUUCCUGCCAGGGCUGGGGAAGCGGGCCCUGAGGAUGGACCCACCACUGGGCUAAAGGCCAAAGGAUUCCCGGAUCCUCUCCAGCCCAUGGAGGGAACAAUCCUUCUCAAGCUGCUUCCCCCCCGGAGGAAGCAGGUUCCUCCGGCCAGGCUGGGGAAGCGGGGCCUGAGGAUGGACCCACCACUGGGGCCUAAAGGCCAAAGGAUCCAGAUCCUAUCGCCCAGGAGGAGGGAACAAUCCUCCUCAGAGGCUGCUUCCCCGGAGGAAGGGCAGGGUCUCCUUCCAGGCUUGGGGCGGGAAACCGGGCCUGAGGAUGGACCCAACCACAGGAGGCUAAAGGCCCAAAGGGAUCCAGGAUCCUAUCCAGCCCAUGGGAGGGAAACAAAUCCUCCUCAGAGGCUGCCUUUUCCCCCCGGAGGAAGGCAGGUUUUCCUCCAGGCUGGGGAAACGGGCCUGAGGAUUGGACCCCACCACAGGAGGGCUAAAGGGCCCCAAAGGAUCCCGAUCCUAUCCAGCCCAAUGGAGGGGAACAAUCCCUCCUCAAGGGCUGCUUCCCCGGAGGAAGGCCGGUUUCCUCCAGGCCUGCGGGGAAACGGGCCUGAGGAUGGACCCACCACGGAGGCUACAGGCCAAAGGGAUUCCAGAUCAUAUCCAGCCAUGGAGGGAACCCAAUCCCCUCCAGAGGAUACUUCCCCGGAGGAAGGCAGGUCUCCUGCCAGGCUGGGGGAAAACGGGCCUGAGGAUGGACCCACCACAGAGGCUACAGGCCAAAGGAUCCAGAUUCCUAUCCGCCCAUGGAGGGAACAAUCCUCACCAAGGGCUGCUUCCCCCGGAGGAAGGCAGGUUCCUCUCCUGGCCCAAGGGGGGGAAGGGGAAAAAAAAAAAACGGGCCUGAGGAUUGGACCCCACCCCAGAGGCAAAGGCCAAAGGAUCCCGAUCCCUAUCCAGCCCAGGAGGGAACAAUCCUCCUCAGAGGCUGCUUCCCGGAGGAAGGCAGGUCCUCCCUGCCAGGCUGGGGAAAUGGCCUGA